UCUGAACUGUGAGAGAGUAGAAAGCAAAACUGCAACAAACUUUUCCCGCUCAGAGAGAAUGGAAGUGACGGCGGUGACUGCUGCUGAGACCAGAAUCGCCAAGAUCAAUGGCGGCGACGAGAACGCGAAGAAGAAGAUCGUUCGCAUUCAGGUUUCCAAGAACAAGAAGCCCUUGUUCGUCUACCUUACCCUCGCCAAGAAGUACAUCAAGAAGGACAUUGAUGUUGAGCUCUGCGCAUUGGGACAGGCUAUUCCAACUGUGAUAAUCAUCUCUGAGAUGUUGAAAAGCAAUGGGCGGGCAAUUGAGAAGAAUGUUAUGAUAUCCACUGUUGAAGUUGAUGAUAACAAAGAGAGGGAAGGUCGUGUGUUUACAAAGCCUAAGCUUGCUAUUCUGAUGGGAAAGGCUAGGGAUGUGGAUCAGAGUGCUACUGUUGCUGCAGCUGCAGCAUGUGAGGAAGGUGCUGUCAGUAAGGCUUGAAGUAACAGAAUGGUGCAAAUAACAGGAGAUAAUGAAAUUCUUCUGCUUGUAGUAUGUGUAACUGGAUUUACAGUCUCUGUAAAUGUUCUUUCAUUCUUUUAGCUUCUGUUGUGUCUCAGGAGAUAGGUAAUGUACAUUGUGCAGUGUCCAUAGUACUUGUAAAAGCAGUUUUGGCACUAGACUAUUGUGAUUUUACUCCUGUAAUAAGUGUUCUUUGUAUAGAUGUAAUUUCUCAUAUAAUUCAUGUCACCGGAGCAUAAUGAAAUGUAUUAGAUGGUUUUUCAGCCUUUCUCUUCCUCCAGAUGUGACAUACAAAGAGGAGUGGUUCUCAAUACAAACAUUUUUUUCAAUCACUAA